AUGGGGCUAAGAGUUGCCAGCCUUCUUAUGCUCUGGCUGGCUCUUUCCUAUGCAAAUGAAAUAAGAAAAGGCAGGACAAGAAACCAUGGUCACUAUGUCUGCAGCACCUGGGGAAACAACCAUUUCAAAACUUUUGAUGGAGACAUCUACCAAUUCCCUGGCAUUUGCGAGUAUAAUUUUGCUUCUGACUGCCAAGAGUCUUACAAGGAGUUCUCUAUCCAUAUUCAGCGUGCUCUGAACAGCAAUAACCACCCUGAGAUACAGUAUAUUCUGCUAACAAUCAAGGACUUUACAGUGUACCUGAGACCAAAACUGGUUGUUGUGGAUGGGCAGAUUGUGAAGACACCUUACUACAGCUCCGGUGUGGUCAUUGAAAGCAAUGACAUUUACACAAAGGUUUAUGCCAAAUUAGGCCUGAUUCUGAUAUGGAAUCAAGAAGAUGCACUGAUGGUAGAGCUGGACAGCAAAUUUAACAACCAUACAUGUGGUCUCUGUGGGGAUUACAAUGGAGUUCCAAUCUACAAUGAGUUUAUCAAUGGAGAUGAAAGCUACAAUUCAAUUACGUAUGGGAAUUUGCAGAAGAUCAACAAACCCAAUGCCAAAUGUGAAGAUCCUGAUGAAACUCAGGCUCUUCCAAGCUGCAAUGAGCAUCGUGAUGAGUGUGAGAGGCUGCUGACUUCGUCUGCAUUUGCUGAUUGUCGUUUACGUCUUAAUUUGGAAAUGUACAUCCAAGCCUGCAUGCAGGACAAGUGUGCAUGUCAUGGAAGCGAUGACUACUUCUGCCUCUGCAGCACCAUCUCUGAAUAUUCUCGCCAGUGUUCACAUGCAGGUGGCCGGCCGGGUGAAUGGAGGACACACGACUUUUGCUCUAAAACCUGUCCUGAUACCAUGAUUUACAGAGAAAGCAGCUCACCCUGCAUGGAUACUUGCUCACACUUGGAGUUAAGCAGCCUUUGUGAGGAACACUACAUGGAUGGUUGUUUCUGUCCUGAAGGAACUGUAUAUGAUGAUAUUACUGAAAAAGGAUGCAUACCUGUUAGUCAGUGCCACUGCAAACUCCAUGGAAAUGAGUAUUCUCCUGGAGAAAACAUUACCAAUGAAUGUGAAGAAUGCACCUGUGAUUCAGGCAGAUGGACAUGCAAAGAUUUACCCUGUCCAGGCAAAUGUUCAGUGGAAGGAGGCUCCCAUAUUACCACCUUUGAUGGGAAGACAUACACCUUCCAUGGAGACUGUUAUUAUGUGUUGUCCAAGGGUUUUGGAAAUGACAGUCAUGCUCUCCUGGCAGAGCUGGCUCCCUGUGGCUCCACAGACAGGCAGACCUGUUUGAAGACUCUUGUGCUGCUCGUAGAUGACAAAAAAAAUGUGGUGGUUUUCAGAUCAGACGGCAGUGUGUUACUGAAUGAGAUGACCAUGAACGUGCCUCAUGUGUCAGCCAGCUUCUCGGUAUUCCAGCCAUCUUCUUACUACCUUGUUGUGCAAACUUCUUUUGGGCUUCAGCUGCAAAUCCAGUUGUUUCCAGUCAUGCAGCUGUUUGCAACUGUGGAUCAAUCAGUUCAAGGAAAACUUCAAGGUCUUUGUGGAAACUUUAAUGGAGUAGAAGGUGAUGACUUUAAAACAGCCAGUGGGCUGGUAGAAGCUACAGGAUCUGCCUUUGCUAACACAUGGAAAGCUCAAUCCACCUGUACAGACCAGGUAGAAAAGCUGGAAGACCCCUGCAGUCUCAGCAUUGAAAGUGCAAAUUAUGCUGAGCAUUGGUGUUCUUUGCUGAAAAACUCGGAAGGUCCUUUUGCAAGAUGUCACUUAAUCAUUGAUCCGUCAGAAUACUAUAAGAAAUGUAAAUAUGACACCUGCCUCUGUGAAGACAGUGAGGAAUGCUUGUGUGCUGCCCUGUCCUCCUACUCAAGAGCCUGUGCUUUCAAAGGAAUCAUACUAGGAGGCUGGAGGCAAAGUGUCUGCAGUAAUGAAGUGUCUGCCUGCCCAGGAAAUCAAAUCUUCCUUUACAACCUUACAAUGUGCCAGCAAACCUGUCGUUCCCUUGCUGAUGGUGAAAAGCAUUGCUUGCAAGACUUUGCUCCUGUGGAUGGCUGUGGUUGCCCAUAUAAUACAUACUUGGAUAACCAGGAUACCUGUGUGCCCAUCUCCAAGUGCCCAUGUUAUUACAAAGGAUCGUACCUGGAACCAGGGGAAUAUGUUACAAAAGACGGGGAACGCUGUGUUUGCCGAAAUGCAAAGAUCCAGUGUACUUCAGUGACAAUAAGAAUGCAAAGUGUAACAAAAUGUUCUUCUAACAAGACAUACUUUGACUGCAAUGCAUCCCCAAGCUGGAAUUCACAAACACCUGUACAACUUAGCUGUCACACUCCUCAAACUGAUCAUUUCCAGGCAGAGUGUGUCUCAGGCUGUGUGUGUCCUGAGGGUCUAUUUGAUGAUGGGAAAGGGGGCUGUGUGGAGGAGAAGGACUGCCCAUGCAUUCAUAACAACCAGUGGUAUUCUCCUGGACAGCAGGUAACGGUGGACUGCAACACCUGUACCUGCCAAAAAGGGGUUUGGAGAUGCACUGAAGAUGUGUGUUAUGGGACUUGUAUGAUAUAUGGAAGUGGCCAUUAUAUCACUUUUGAUGGAAAAUUCUAUGACUUUGAUGGAAGCUGUGAAUAUGUGGCUACUCAGGACUUCUGUGGUGACAGAAAUUCCAGCGGCUCGUUCAGUAUCAUCACAGAGAAUGUCCCUUGUGGAACUACAGGAGUUACCUGCUCAAAGGCUAUUAAAAUGUUUCUAGGGAAAACUGAACUGAAAUUGGAGAACAAAGAUUAUAAAGAAAUUCAGCGAGAUACUGGUGAUGAUGUACAUUAUUGGAACAAGACAGUAGGCCUCUACCUCGUUAUUGAGGCUAGCAAUGGUGUGAUGCUUAUCUGGGAUAAGAAGACUACUGUUUUCAUCAAGCUGACCCCUGAUUACAAAGGCAAAGUGUGUGGUCUGUGUGGCAACUUUGAUGACAAGUCUAACAAUGACUUUACAACAAGGAGUGGGCUGCAGGACACCAGUGCUCUAAAGUUUGGGAAUUCCUGGAAACAGUCUUCCAUGUGCCCAGAUGUUACAGAAGAGAUAAAGCCCUGUGAUGUAAAACCACAUCGGAAGUCCUGGGCAGAGAAAGAAUGCAGCAUCAUCCAGAGUGAAGUCUUUCAAAUUUGUCACUCCAAGGUGGACCCAAUUCCUUUCUAUGAAGCUUGUGUUCAUGAUGCUUGCUCUUGUGACAGUGGUGGAGAUUGUGAGUGCUUCUGUUCUGCAGUUGCUGCAUAUGCUCAAGAAUGUACCAAGCACCAGGCCUGUGUUUUCUGGAGAACUCCUGAUAUAUGCCCGAUAUUUUGUGACUACUACAACCCUCCUGAUGAGUGUGACUGGCACUAUGAGCCUUGUGGCAGUAAUAUCAUGACUUGCAGGAUAAUUAAUAAUGUCAGCACCAACUUUUCAGUACCAUACCUGGAAGGUUGCUAUCCCAGAUGUCCUAAUGACAAGCCUAUUUAUAAUGAAGAGACAAAGGAAUGUGUGACUGAAGAUCAAUGUUGGUGUUACAUCAAUGGAACUCAUGCUCCUCCAGGGCAUGAAAUAACCACAGAAGAGAACUGUACAAAAUGUGUCUGUGGCUCCUCAGGAUCUAUAGAGUGUACACCAAUCCCAGGAUGUCCUUGUGUCAUCAACGGAACAAGUUAUGAAGUGGGUGAAACUGUGGCACAAAUACAGGAUGGCAACAUAUGCAUAACAUACGUUUGUGCAGAAAAUGGUUCUAUAGUUGGAACUGCUUAUCCUUGUCCGACAUCUACUUCACCUACAACUAUUUCAACCUACUUUCCUACCAGUACUCUAACCACCACAGUGACCCCUACAAGCUCUCCAAUGACUACAACUCCAUGCUUUGCUUUAAUCUGUAAUUGGACUGAGUGGUUUGAUGUUAGUAAACCUGAAGAGGAUGGUGGUGACUAUGAAACCUACGAUGCAAUAAGAAAUCAAUAUGGAAACAAAAUAUGCGAAGCUCCUGAAAAUAUUGAAUGCAGGGCUAAAGAUAAUCCCGAUGUUAGUUUAGAGGAACUUGGGCAGAAAGUAGAAUGUAAUGUUACAUAUGGACUAAUCUGUAAAAAUGAGGAGCAGGAUGCAACUAUUUGGCAACUUUGUUAUAAUUAUGAAAUCAGGGUAAAUUGUUGUGAGUGGCAUGAAAUUUCUUGUGAGACAACUACACAGCGCCCGACACAAACUGCAACUGCAACCACCACUAGCACAACAGUACCCAUCACCAGUACAGCAAGGCAGCCAACAACAAUUACCACCACGCCCACGCCAACGUACACCACCACCACACCACCUUCAGUGAGCACAGGGUCCUUUCCACCCCUGUCAACAACGGCUCCCACGCCAACACCAUCGGAGCUUCCCAGCAGCACCGCCAGCACCCUGACGCCCCCCAGCACCACCACCAGCAACACUAUGGGGACAUCAACAACCGUUCCCGCCACAUCAACACCCACCCCAACUACAGCGAGCACAUCCACGCCCACGCCAACGUACACCACCACCACACCACCUCCAGGUACCUGUCUGUUCUCAUGUGACUGCGUCUGGACGGACUGGAUUGAUGUGAGCUACCCAGAUAGUUCUGACAGAAACAGUGGUGACUACGAAACGUUUGAGAAUAUUCUGAAGAACGACCCCUCCUGGGUCUGUGUGAAAGCGGAGAAUAUUUCAUGCAGAGCAAAGCAGUUCCCUAACAUUCCCAUUGCAGAUUUAGGGCAGAAGGUGGAAUGCAGUGUUAACACAGGUCUGAUCUGUAACAACAGAGAUCAGGUCAUAGGAGGCAUAAUACCAAUGCCAGUCUGCCUCAAUUACGAGAUCAGUGUCUGCUGCAUCCCCAACAUACCAGAGUGCAUUCCCACAAGCACGACCAUGAGCACCACGACAGCCCUUCCUUCGUCCACAGUGAGCACAGGGUCCUUUCCACCCCUGUCAACAACGGCUCCCACGCCAACACCAUCGGAGCUUCCCAGCAGCACCGCCAGCACCCUGACGCCCCCCAGCACCACCACCAGCAACACUAUGGGGACAUCAACAACCGUUCCCGCCACAUCAACACCCACCCCAACUACAGCGAGCACAUCCACGCCCACGCCAACGUACACCACCACCACACCACCUCCAGCAUGUGACUGCGUCUGGACGGACUGGAUUGAUGUGAGCUACCCAGAUAGUUCUGACAGAAACAGUGGUGACUACGAAACGUUUGAGAAUAUUCUGAAGAACGACCCCUCCUGGGUCUGUGUGAAAGCGGAGAAUAUUUCAUGCAGAGCAAAGCAGUUCCCUAACAUUCCCAUUGCAGAUUUAGGGCAGAAGGUGGAAUGCAGUGUUAACACAGGUCUGAUCUGUAACAACAGAGAUCAGGUCAUAGGAGGCAUAAUACCAAUGCCAGUCUGCCUCAAUUACGAGAUCAGUGUCUGCUGCAUCCCCAACAUACCAGAGUGCAUUCCCACAAGCACGACCAUGAGCACCACGACAGCCCUUCCUUCGUCCACAGUGAGCACAGGGUCCUUUCCACCCCUGUCAACAACGGCUCCCACGCCAACACCAUCGGAGCUUCCCAGCAGCACCGCCAGCACCCUGACGCCCCCCAGCACCACCACCAGCAACACUAUGGGGACAUCAACAACCGUUCCCGCCACAUCAACACCCACCCCAACUACAGCGAGCACAUCCACGCCCACGCCAACGUACACCACCACCACACCACCUCCAGCAUGUGACUGCGUCUGGACGGACUGGAUUGAUGUGAGCUACCCAGAUAGUUCUGACAGAAACAGUGGUGACUACGAAACGUUUGAGAAUAUUCUGAAGAACGACCCCUCCUGGGUCUGUGUGAAAGCGGAGAAUAUUUCAUGCAGAGCAAAGCAGUUCCCUAACAUUCCCAUUGCAGAUUUAGGGCAGAAGGUGGAAUGCAGUGUUAACACAGGUCUGAUCUGUAACAACAGAGAUCAGGUCAUAGGAGGCAUAAUACCAAUGCCAGUCUGCCUCAAUUACGAGAUCAGUGUCUGCUGCAUCCCCAACAUACCAGAGUGCAUUCCCACAAGCACGACCAUGAGCACCACGACAGCCCUUCCUUCGUCCACAGUGAGCACAGGGUCCUUUCCACCCCUGUCAACAACGGCUCCCACGCCAACACCAUCGGAGCUUCCCAGCAGCACCGCCAGCACCCUGACGCCCCCCAGCACCACCACCAGCAACACUAUGGGGACAUCAACAACUGUUCCCGCCACAUCAACACCCACCCCAACUACAGCGAGCACAUCCACGCCCACGCCAACGUACACCACCACCACACCACCUCCAGCAUGUGACUGCGUCUGGACGGACUGGAUUGAUGUGAGCUACCCAGAUAGUUCUGACAGAAACAGUGGUGACUACGAAACGUUUGAGAAUAUUCUGAAGAACGACCCCUCCUGGGUCUGUGUGAAAGCGGAGAAUAUUUCAUGCAGAGCAAAGCAGUUCCCUAACAUUCCCAUUGCAGAUUUAGGGCAGAAGGUGGAAUGCAGUGUUAACACAGGUCUGAUCUGUAACAACAGAGAUCAGGUCAUAGGAGGCAUAAUACCAAUGCCAGUCUGCCUCAAUUACGAGAUCAGUGUCUGCUGCAUCCCCAACAUACCAGAGUGCAUUCCCACAAGCACGACCAUGAGCACCACGACAGCCCUUCCUUCGUCCACAGUGAGCACAGGGUCCUUUCCACCCCUGUCAACAACGGCUCCCACGCCAACACCAUCAGAGCCUCCUAGCAGCACCACCAUCAGCACCCUGAAGACAUCAGCAAGUAUUCCUCCCACCUCAACAACUCCCAAAGUAAUCACAAGAGCACCUACAGUUCCUCCUACAGAACGUCUCGAAUUAAUUACAACCACCAUAAGAACUACAACUCCACGAUCACCCACGCCAGAGCCUACAAGCAGCACUACUGUAUCACCACUCCCGGAAUCAACAACCCCAGUGACAGCCACCACAUCUGGAGUCACUGAAACAGGAUCGACCACCAAAACCACCACAUCAAGCCCCACAUCCUCAGAAACACCUCACAUCAGCACCACAAUUGUAACGGAAACAUCGAGCCAGGAGACCACCUCCACUGGGACAGGGAGCCCCACAAGCACAUCACCUUCAACAACCAUAAGCACCACAACUCCACGAUCACCCAUGCCAGAGCCUACAAGCAGGACUACCAUAUCACCACCCCCAGUAUCAACAACCCCAGUGACAGCCAUGACGUCUGGAGUCACUGAAACAGGAUCAACCACCAAAACCACCACAUCAAGCCCCACAUCCUCAGGAACCCCUCACAUCAGCACCACAAUUGUAACGGAAACAUCGAGCCAGGAGACCACCUCCACUGGGACAGGGAGCCCCACAAGCACAUCACCUUCAACCACCAUAAGCACCACAACUUCAGGAUCACCCAUACCAGAGCCUACAAGCAGCACUACUGUAUCACCACCCCCAGUAUCAACAACCCCAGUGACAGCCACGACGUCUGGAGUCACUGAAACAGGAUCGACCACCAAAACCACCACAUCAAGCCCCACAUCCUCAGAAACACCUCACAUCAGCACCACAAUUGUAACGGAAACAUCGAGCCAGGAGACCACCUCCACUGGGACAGGGAGCCCCACAAGCACAUCACCUACAACCACCAUAAGCACUACAACUCCACGAUCACCCAUGCCAGAGCCUACAAGCAGGACUACCGUAUCACCACCCCCAGUAUCAACAACCCCAGUGACAGCCAUGACGUCUGGAGUCACUGAAACAGGAUCGACCACCAAAACCACCACAUCAAGCCCCACAUCCUCAGAAACACCUCACAUCAGCACCACAAUUGUAACGGAAACAUCGAGCCAGGAGACCACCUCCACUGGGACAGGGAGCCCCACAAGCACAUCACCUUCAACCACCAUAAGCACCACAACUUCAGGAUCACCCACGCCAGAGCCUACAAGCAGCACUACUGUAUCACCACCCCCAGUAUCAACAACCCCAGUGACAGCCAUGACGUCUGGAGUCACUGAAACAGGAUCGACCACCAAAACCACCACAUCAAGCCCCACAUCCUCAGAAACACCUCACAUCAGCACCACAAUUGUAACGGAAACAUCGAGCCAGGAGACCACCUCCACUGGGACAGGGAGCCCCACAAGCACAUCACCUUCAACCACCAUAAGCACCACAACUUCAGGAUCACCCAUGACAGAGCCUACAAGCAGCACUACUGUAUCACCACCCCCAGUAUCAACAACCCCAGUGACAACCACGACGUCUGGAGUCACUGAAACAGGAUCGACCACCAAAACCACCACAUCAAGCCCCACAUCCUCAGAAACACCUCACAUCAGCACCACAAUUGUAACGGAAACAUCGAGCCAGGAGACCACCUCCACUGGGACAGGGAGCCCCACAAGCACAUCACCUUCAACCACCAUAAGCACCACAACUUCAGGAUCACCCACGCCAGAGCCUACAAGCAGCACUACUGUAUCACCACCCCCAGUAUCAACAACCCCAGUGACAGCCAUGACGUCUGGAGUCACUGAAACAGGAUCGACCACCAAAACCACCACAUCAAGCCCCACAUCCUCAGAAACACCUCACAUCAGCACCACAAUUGUAACGGAAACAUCGAGCCAGGAGACCACCUCCACUGGGACAGGGAGCCCCACAAGCACAUCACCUUCAACCACCAUAAGCACCACAACUUCAGGAUCACCCAUGACAGAGCCUACAAGCAGCACUACCGUAUCACCACCCCCAGUAUCAACAACCCCAGUGACAACCACGACGUCUGGAGUCACUGAAACAGGAUCGACCACCAAAACCACCACAUCAAGCCCCACAUCCUCAGAAACACCUCACAUCAGCACCACAAUUGUAACGGAAACAUCGAGCCAGGAGACCACCUCCACUGGGACAGGGAGCCCCACAAGCACAUCACCUUCAACCACCAUAAGCACCACAACUUCAGGAUCACCCAUACCAGAGCCUACAAGCAGGACUACCGUAUCACCACCCCCAGCAUCAACAACCCCAGUGACAGCCACGACGUCUGGAGUCACUGAAACAGGAUCGACCACCAAAACCACCACAUCAAGCCCCACAUCCUCAGAAACACCUCACAUCAGCACCACAAUUGUAACGGAAACAUCGAGCCAGGAGACCACCUCCACUGGGACAGGGAGCCCCACAAGCACAUCACCUUCAACCACCAUAAGCACCACAACUUCAGGAUCACCCACGCCAGAGCCUACAAGCAGCACUACUGUAUCACCACCCCCAGUAUCAACAACCCCAGUGACAGCCAUGACGUCUGGAGUCACUGAAACAGGAUCGACCACCAAAACCACCACAUCAAGCCCCACAUCCUCAGAAACACCUCACAUCAGCACCACAAUUGUAACGGAAACAUCGAGCCAGGAGACCACCUCCACUGGGACAGGGAGCCCCACAAGCACAUCACCUACAACCACCAUAAGCACUACAACCCCACGAUCACCCAUGCCAGAGCCUACAAGCAGCACUACUGUAUCACCACCCCCAGUAUCAACAACCCCAGUGACAGCCACGACGUCUGGAGUCACUGAAACAGGAUCGACCACCAAAACCACUACAUCAAGCCCCCCAUCCUCAGAAACCCCUCACAUCAGCACCACAAUUGUAACGGAAACAUCGAGCCAGGAGACCACCUCCACUGGGACAGGGAGCCCCACAAGCACAUCACCUUCAACCACCAUAAGCACCACAACUUCAGGAUCACCCACGCCAGAGCCUACAAGCAGCACUACUGUAUCACCACCCCCAGUAUCAACAACCCCAGUGACAGCCAUGACGUCUGGAGUCACUGAAACAGGAUCGACCACCAAAACCACCACAUCAAGCCCCACAUCCUCAGAAACACCUCACAUCAGCACCACAAUUGUAACGGAAACAUCGAGCCAGGAGACCACCUCCACUGGGACAGGGAGCCCCACAAGCACAUCACCUACAACCACCAUAAGCACUACAACCCCACGAUCACCCAUGCCAGAGCCUACAAGCAGCACUACUGUAUCACCACCCCCAGUAUCAACAACCCCAGUGACAGCCACGACGUCUGGAGUCACUGAAACAGGAUCGACCACCAAAACCACCACAUCAAGCCCCACAUCCUCAGAAACACCUCACAUCAGCACCACAAUUGUAACGGAAACAUCGAGCCAAGAGACCACCUCCACUGGGACAGGGAGCCCCACAAGCACAUCACCUACAACCACCAUAAGCACCACAACUUCAGGAUCACCCAUGCCAGAGCCUACAAGCAGCACUACUGUAUCACCACCACCAGUAUCAACAACCCCAUCAUCUGUAUCAAGUCCCAUGUUGGUCACCACCUCUGGUACAACUCCAACAGAAUCUUUUACCACGACUUCAGGAACUACCUCUAGUAAUUUUGCCACAAUCACUGCAACUACCACCACCUCUGGAAUUCUUUCCUCUGGCUCAACUAGUAUGUCUGUUCCAGUUGCUAGCUCAAGUGCAGUCACUAUUCCAGGAAGCUCUACAUACAGUACAGUUACUAAAUUCAGUGCUUCAAGUUCAACUCUAAGUCUACCACCAACCACUCCUGGAAAAAAUUGUUCUAUUUCACCUAAUGAAUCUUACGCGCCAGGUGAGUCAUGGUGGCUCUGCAACUGCACUAUGGCAAUAUGCAUAGAAGAUGAUAUAAUCCAGGUGGUUCCUAUAAUCUGUAAUCCACCUCCUAAACCUACAUGUGCCAAUGGGCUUUCUCCUGUGCAAGUCAUUGAUGAGGAUGGAUGCUGUUGGCACUGGGAAUGUGAUUGCUACUGCACUGGUUGGGGAGACCCACAUUACAUGACUUUUGAUGGACUGUACUAUAGCUAUCAAGGGAAUUGUACAUAUGUCCUUGUGGAAGAGAUUGAUAAGAAAGUUGACAACUUUGGUGUCUACAUUGAUAACUACAAUUGUGAUGUACCGGAUGUAGUCUCCUGUCCUCGAACACUCAUUGUGAGACAUGAGACUCAGGAAGUGCGCAUAGCAACAGUCAAACAAAAUACUCUGCAAGUAGAGGUGACAGUAAACAAACAGGCAGUGGCUUUGCCUUAUAAAAAAUUUGGUGUGAGUAUCUAUGAAUCAGGCAUAAAUCGUGUAGUGGAAAUUCCUGAACUAAAAAUGAAUGUGACCUACAAUGGCUUAUCCUUUUCUAUCAGAAUGCCCUACAGCCUGUUUGGCAACAACACUCACGGACAGUGUGGUACUUGCAAUAACAACAUGGCAGAUGACUGCAUGUUGCCAAAUGGAAACAUUGCAGAAAAUUGCGAAGUUAUGGCAGAUCACUGGCAAGUUAUUGAUCCCUCCAAACCACAAUGCUCUCCAGGCCUAAUUCCUACAAAAGCACCUAGCAGAAUUCCAACACAGCCUUGCAAAGAAUCUUCCAUCUGCGAGCUUCUUUUGGGAAGUGUGUUCGAGCCGUGCCAUGGCCAUGUCCGGCCUGAAAAGUACUAUUCAGCCUGUGUUUUUGAUAGUUGUGUACUUCCCAACUUAGACCUGGAAUGCUCAAGUCUGCAGAUCUAUGCUGCCACCUGUGCUGAUCAAAGUGUAUGCAUUGACUGGAGAAGUCAUACGAAUGGUGUUUGCUGUAAGUAUUUGGCCAUUUCUUAUACAUGCCCCUCAGAUAAAGAAUACAGAGCAUGUGGUCCUAUUAAAGAGAUAACCUGCAAAUCAAGCCAGCAAAAUGAAACUUCAACUAAACAAGUGGAAGGCUGUUUCUGUCCUAAUGGAACAAUGCUGUAUGACUCUGGUGUGGAUGUCUGUGUAAAAACAUGUGGCUGUGUCGGAGUGGAUAAGAUACCAAGAGAGUUUGGGGAAAAAUUUACAGUAGACUGUCAGGACUGUGUUUGCCUGGAAGGUGGAAACGGCAUUGUAUGUAAGCCUCAUGAAUGUGCCAAACAAAGUAAGACCACUUGUGAUGGAGAAGGCCUCCGUGAAGUCAGUGAAAUCAAUCCUGAUGACUCCUGCUGCCCCAUUAUCACAUGCAAAUGCAAUACAAGCUUGUGUACAACUAAUGCCCCCAGGUGUACACUGGGAUUUGAAGUUCAUUCUCACAUUCCCAGGGGUCAGUGCUGUCCUGUGUACCAGUGUGUUCCCAAGGGGGUUUGUGUACAUCAGAAUGCUGAAUUCUUGCCUAAUUCCUCAGUCUUUGUUGAUAAAUGUCAGAAUUGUUUCUGCACUAAUGAAGUUAACGUCAGCACUCAACUGAAUAUCAUCUCAUGUGAACAUAUUCCAUGCAACACGUAUUGCGAACCAGGAUAUGAACGUCAACCAGCGGAAGGUGAAUGUUGUGGAAGAUGUGUGCAGACUAAGUGUAUCAUACAAACAGCAAACAAUUCUGACCUCAUCUUGAGUCCUGGAGAGUUUGAAAAUGAUCCUAACAACAACUGCACCAUUUAUAGCUGUGUAAAUAUCCAGAACCAACUUAUCUCUUCCAAAUCUGAGAUAACCUGCCCAGCAUUCGAUGAAGACAGCUGCAAACCCGGAACUAUUACAUUCUUACCUAACGGUUGUUGCAAAACCUGUAUACCCCUGGAUAGUCCUACAUCAUGUUCUGUCCGUCAAAGAGAAGACUUUAUCCUCUAUAAGGGCUGUCGUUCUGUGGACAGAGUUGUCAUGACUCAAUGUGAAGGAACAUGUGGAACCUUCUCGCUAUAUUCUGCUGAGGCCAAUUCUCUGGACCACAGCUGUUCCUGCUGCAGGGAAUCAAGGACUACCAUGAAGGAAGUGAAACUGAAAUGUCCAAAUGGGAGAUCAAUUUCACAUAAAUAUAUAUAUGUGGAAAGCUGCAGCUGUCAAAACACUGAAUGCAGCAACUCACAGUCCAGUGAGCUGCAGACCACAGAAGAAAAUGACGAGGCCAGCACUCUAGACCGUAUCAAGAGGGCCAUCAGCUUAACAUCAAAAUGAACAGGAAAAAAAUUAGCAGCAUUCAACUAAAAGGGUUAUGCACCAUUCUCAUCU